AGCCUGUCUCACCAAACGUGAUCUACACCGUUGCUUACACUCUAAUCCAACGGUUGAUAGAGACUGCUGAUCCGUCACCAGCUUUAGUUUAAUCCUUCGUCUCCUUACGCUUGAGGAAUCUCUCAAUUUCACGACAACGAAGCAAGAAAAAAAAAAACUAGUUAUUGUCCCCCGUUGAAGCUCAUCGGUCUCUCUAGAUCUAGCUUAUCGGCAUUACAACUGAUACUUUGCUCCAUAGUUGUAAAGCUAUGGUGACGAUCCGUAGCGCGUCAGUCUUUAUUCUAGUCCUUCUGGCUGUAUCAACCCUGGCUUUGGUUGCCAAUGGGGAAGACAAAACGAUUAAAGUGAAGAAAGUGAAGGGGAAGAAGGUGUGCACGCAAGGAUGGGAAUGUGUCUGGUGGUCUGAGUACUGCUGUAACGAGACGAUCUCGGAUUACUUUCAGGUGUAUCAGUUUGAGCAGCUCUUUGCCAAAAGAAACACUCCUGUUGCUCAUGCUGUUGGGUUCUGGGACUACCAGUCUUUCAUCACCGCUGCUGCUCUCUACGAGCCUCUUGGGUUUGGUACCACUGGUGGAAAGCUCAUGGGACAGAAAGAAAUGGCUGCGUUCCUUGGUCAUGUCGCCAGCAAAACGUCCUGUGGCUACGGAGUGGCAACAGGAGGGCCUUUAGCUUGGGGUCUGUGCUACAACAGGGAGAUGAGCCCAAGCCAAUCUUACUGUGACGAGACCUGGAAGUUCAAGUACCCUUGCAGCCCUGGAGCUGAAUACUACGGACGUGGCGCCUUACCCAUUUACUGGAACUUCAACUACGGUGCAGCUGGUGAAGCCCUCAAGGCUGAUCUCUUGAACCACCCCGAGUACAUCGAGCAGAACGCCACGCUUGCCUUCCAAGCUGCAAUCUGGAGAUGGAUGACACCGAUCAAGAAGGCUCAGCCUUCAGCUCACGAUAUCUUUGUCGGAAACUGGAAACCGACGAAGAACGAUACGUUGUCCAAACGUGGCCCCACUUUUGGUACCACCAUGAACGUCUUGUAUGGAGAGUACACGUGUGGUCAAGGUGAUAUUGAGCCGAUGAACAACAUUGUCUCGCACUACCUGUACUUCCUUGAUCUUUUGGGUAUUGGAAGAGAAGACGCGGGGCCUAACGAGGAGCUCAGUUGCGCUGAGCAGAAGGCAUUUAACCCUUCAACUGCACCUACCUCCUCUUCCUCGUAAGUCUCCAACACUACUCAUACUUCCUCCUAUUGCCGUUGUUCUCAAGUCACUCUUGCUUUAACUCGACAAGUGUUAUGUAAUAAGUGAAAUUGCUUGUGUGUGCUUUUUUGUCUGUAGAACUUAUGCAAACGAAAUUUUAUAUUUUUCAUGUAUGUAAUAACCAUAUUCAAUUAUGAUAUUUGCCGAAUGUGUGUAAAAAUAGAGAAAGCAAGGAGACAUUAAUGUGUGUUGCGAAUGAUGUUUCUA